AUGAGGUUUUUUACGCCCGGGGCUUUUUACCUUUCAGCCUUAAUUGCAGCCAUGGACGAUUCGAUACAACUGUGUAUCCAAGAGCUUCGCCAUAUCUGGUCGGACUGGCUGGCCAGUGUGCCGAAAAGAAUGGAGGUCAACGCUGCCCUCAAAGAUAUUCGGGGGCUCUUUGAGUUAGCCCCGCAAAACCCUGGGAACCUAGCCUCCAAUGGACAAUCCCGUUUUUUGAGACUGGCAAAGCUUUCUGAAUUUGUUUCUGCGUUAAAGGGUUUCUUGAAGCACGUGGCCAUUCCAAGUGCUGCACGCAGCACCACAAGCAGAGUGGCAAUUGAAUCGCCCUACAUGGGAGGCACCUUGGUGGACCAAUAUGAACAUAAGCAGGAAGGGUUCCAAUGUUCUGAGCUCACCUUUGCUGUCCUAAAUCCGGGGCGCUUGGGGUUGAGCCGCAUUGCUAGUGAAGAACUCCUCGUAUGGCGGCUCUUCCACAUUUGCUCCGUUUUAGUGGACAAGAACAUACAGGUUUGUAUCCUUCCUGGGGCCAGGUGGCCCCCCGGAGCGGAAAUUCCUGCAGGCUUCCCUUUUGAGUGGCUUGGUCUGCAAACUACCUCAUGGGAAGCAGUGGGUGUACUUGUUGCGUCAGAACUGCGUUUAGAAGUUUCUGUCAUGGAAGACAUGGGUUCCCCAGUGAUCCUCUGGCUGAUGUUCCGUGGCCAACGUUGGCAGCGACAGGGUCCUGCUCUUAUUCUGGGAGCCAUCUAUCCCAAACCAGGGGGUGACUUACAGACUUGGCGGCAAAUUCUUUCUGAAUUCGACAUUAUCAAGACGAAAUACCCUUCAUCCAGAAUUGUAAUUGCAGGUGAUGGCAACGUUCAUCUGCAAGGUCUUGUUCACCACUCACCAGAAUGCAGCUGUCUACAUUGCUGCCAAAGGCUCAAUGACAAACUCAUACAGCUGGAAAUUGAAUCCCGUAACCUGGUAGCAUGCAACCCGCAUUUCCCGACGCAUGUCAGUGGGACGAUUAUCGACCUCGUCCUAACUGACAGGUGCCAACCCUUACCAGUUGAUGUAGUCCAAGAGGACAUUGGAGCGUCUGAUCAUUCCAUGGUUAUCUCACGCUGCCCCGUAUCCUUGCAGGCGUCCUUUGAAUCAUCUGUUGGGCGAGUCAUUUGGUCCCAAUCGAAUGAGUGGGAUGAGGCGCUAGCUUCGGCAGAGUCCUCAUUUGCAUUGGCUGCCUUGAUUACUAAUGACGUGCAAGUUGAGAUUGCAGCAAACAAGCACUGUUUGUUGCCUAAGCGUAAGCGGGAUUUGCUUGACGCCGCUGCUUGGAUUAGGGAAGUUUUGGUUUGUUUUACAGGGCAUUGCGGGGGACUUACCCGUGUUCGCGGAGUCGCCGGUCAAAAGAAUCGGUGGCCACAGAGAGUGCCUAAAGUCUGUGACUUCCAGAACUAUGACCAAUACAAGGCAGCUGUGAAGCAAUUUGAUGACCAAACCAAGGCGGCCACUGUAAGCAGAUAUUUGUCGCUCCUGACAUCUCAACCUAAUCAGGCGAAAGCCUUUCUUUCUUCAUGGUUCAAGAAGGACCGUGACUUUGGGUAUGCUUUGGCUGAGCCUAACACUGGUGCAGUUUCAGGGGUGCAACAAACUAUUUCUGCUAUCCAGCAUGAUUUGCUGGGAAGAGCGGACAAUGAUUUCUAUCAGGAUCCAGAAUGUGAGCGUGCACUUGAACAGAGUGUUCGCACCAUUCACAGGCACAAAGCUGUGCCGAGAGGCAUUCCAGGUCUUGCGGAUGCCCCUGAAAGCAACACGGCAGUCAACGCAGCCCCUUAUUCAUGGCAAGAACUUGAGGAAGUGCAACGGUCUUUCCGUCUGCGCAAACAAAGUUAUCGAUGCGCUCUGGCAGCUGCCAAGACGAGCUGUCCCCCAGCUAAGGCUCUCAAUUUGGCUUUGGUUAACUUAGCUAGGGAGUGUGAGUUAACUUCCUCGCUUUGGUGUGAAAGACGCAUCACGCCCAUUCGCAAGGCUGGGCCUAGAGUAGUCCGAAAGGUCACUAAUCUCAGACCAAUAAGUGUCGUCUCAGACAUGGCUGCAGUUCAAGAUGGGCUCUGGCUCGGACGUUGCAAGAAGAUCUUAGAGGACUUCACUGGCGCAGCGCAACUGGGGGGCAAGUUUGAGACAGUGGCAAUCGUUUUAGCGGUAAUACUACACGCACAAAUCCGGCACUCACAAGGGCUCCAUACAUAUCUGCUCUUUGCAGACAUACAAUCCGCCUAUGAUGCUACGGAUCAUAAUGCAAUGCUGCUCGCAGCUUUUCAUGCAGGAGUGGUGGGUACAGAGUGGUUGUUACUCUGGGACUUCCUUCACAUGGACUCUGCUGUCCUCUCCCUUGGUGGGGUAGUAUCAGAUGCGAUGUCUUUCAGGGCGGGCCUUCCACAAGGCAAGCGCUUUGCUGUUCACAUCUUCACGGCUUUCAUGAAGCUCCUUCAGCAAAUUCUUUCUUCUGUUUGCCAACCCUCCAAUUCGGUCCUGCCUAGUUUUGCAGCCGAUGCUAUUGCAGGGUUGUGGACGACUCUCACGCCUGUCCCAGAACUCUGUCGCCUUGAACCAUUAAACGAAGGGCCAGCCAUUGUAGCUAGACUUCAAAGGCUGAUGUUGCAGGGUUGGGAUCAACGCCUGAUUCGGCGAGUGGCCAUCCAUGAUCUUGGCCGGUUAAAUUCCAUCGAUGAAAGAGUGCAGAUCCUGGAGAACUUGGGCCACUCGCCCCUGGGACCUCUCCUCUUUAUAGACGAUGUGGUUGCACCGUUUCCUUCUUGCACCGAGGUCUGCAAGGCGGCAACUGAGGGUUUGGACUUGUUUGCACACACUGUUCGUGCCAAGUUUAAUAUGGGACCGUCAAAGACUGCCAUCAUGCCCUGCUAUGACGCUCCUGACGUCCCCUUGGUUGACAUUGCGUGUGAAACGUAUAAGUUGUUAGGGGUCCAGCUUGAACGUGGUCUUUCCUUGGAAAUGCGCCUUGCCCAUAUCUUAAAAGUGGGAAAUGCUCUCUUCCAGGAGCUUAUGACCAUGGCUAAGCAGGCAGGCUUUCCACCCCCGGUUUUGGCAGUUGCCAUCACUGAACGGGUCGAACCCGUCAUUCUCUACGCCGCCGAGCUCCUGCCCUUGGUCCCCAACGCAUACUCACAGCUGAACAGGCUGCAGGCUGACUGGGCGAAACAAAUUCUAGCAGGCAAAGCAGGGUCUGCCAUACGCGGGCCUCUUGCAGUGGCCACUGUUGGCUGGCAUUUUAGGUUGGGCACUAAGGCCAAAUUACGAGCUUUGGCUUAUUUGGCCAAAAUCAGCAUUCUACCACAAGAUCACCCAGUGUAUCGUAUGGUGACUAUGGCCGAACCCAUUCACAAUGGUACUUGGUUGCACAUGACUCGUGACCUUCUGGAGCAGUGCGGAGGAAUUCCGCCUCUGCAGGACUCUGGUGUUUGCACGCUGGAAGAAAUGGAACUGGCCAGAUCCUGUAAGGCCUUACGGAAAACUUUGCUGCAGCGUUACAAGCGUUUAGUGUUGACUCCUCGCCUUAGUGCCUUGGACCUGACGGAAUUCGCAGCUUCCGCCACUAAGGUUUUGGCAGGUCUUAACCUGAGGUACAUAGACCUUUGCCCAGUUCGCGCUUGCCAAGGGUGGGAUGUAUUGUUGGGAUGUGUCCCUGAUAAGCUGUGGGAUUCUGUUGAGCUGUGGAGCUUUACUCGGUUGACGGGACUGUGGCCGCUUCGCCUGUUGCUGGCGACUCCAGGACACGAAGAUACGCUUUUGCUGAAGCCGUGUCCCUUCUGUCAGGCCGUAGAAGCUACGUUGCAACACUGUUUGCAAGCUUGUCCGGGCACCUGUGACCUGUUUGGGGCUUCUGGCCUAUCCCAGUUUGUCACACGCCGAACGCCUGACUUCAUCUCCAUCCUCUUCCACUCCACCACAUCUAUGGAAGUGGACGAACUUAGGAUCCGUUAUGUGGCUGAGGUCAUCAGAAUUGGUAUUCUGAGACAUGUAGAUGACGACUGA